AUGAAACUUCUGUUGUCUUUGAUUCUUGCGUUUGAGCUGUCAGUCACACUAUGCUUUCAGCCAUUGUCAUUUCGCAAUGCACUCGAUAGAAGCAAAUACAGAGAUAACACGAGGUCAUGGUUGUUUCCAAUGAACUUUGAAGGGCCUGAUGGGUCUACGAAGAGUCGUGUCACAACUGAGGACGUGGAACGAAAAGGAGCGGAACAAGAGCAGAAGGACAGUGACAUAUCAGCAUUUUUUCAAAGUUUAGGUCAAUGGCCAUUAUAUCCUUCAUCUGCCGAGACUUCAGCAGAAGGGAAGAAAACUGCGCUCGAAAAGAAGGCACAACAGCAGAAAGGGAAUACAUAUCCCAGGCGACUCUCCGGCGAUAGCAAUCCGCUGAGCAACCUGGUCAAGCUGGAAGUUAUUCUGGAUCUAGCUGAUGGUGUGAAAUUGAACGAGACAGAGCAGUAUUUCUCCUCCGUCAUUUCCGUCGCCGACCAGCUCUUUAAGGCUUCCAAAGCCACUGCUGGAAUUGAAGGUUCAUUGAAUAUUUCCUCCAGCAAUGCCAUUCGUGUGGGAGACCUGUUGCAGCGUGACAAAUGGGCAGAUCCGAUUCAAUCAUUGACCUCCUUAUUUGAAAGCUCCACUGUCGAUGAGGUACUUGCCAAGACUCCUACGAUAGAAGGGGGGUCUAUACUCUCCGACACCCGAUCCGCACGCAUUGGCCUUACAGCAGAAGCCAUGCUCCGGGUGGCUACAUCCAGGCUGGAAAUGAUAUUGAAUGAAGCCUCAAAGGGGCUUGCGCCGAAUGUAGCCAAUGAUCUAGUACUGCGUGCAGUCAAAGUCUUUGCGAAUGGAACCACCAGCGUGGAACAACUUGCCAAUGAAAUUGUUUCAGUUGCUCGAAAAACGGCCAAGACACAAGGUUUGGAUGUCGAAUAUGCUACUGACCGUGCCAAAGAUGCAACCAAAGGGGUUUCCAAGAUUGUCAAUGUCGCCAAUCGGGUCUUUGCAUCCGGUUAUGCCUACGGAUGUAGUACAGGAGUGGCAGGAAAGCCAUACAACACGGCAAACUUGGAGACGGGAGACCUACCUCUUUUUGCCGAUUUUGAUACUGCUGGCAGAAUUGAACAGUUUCAAUACGAAAGCGUUGUAGCCACUGGUGGUGUGAUGGGUAUCUUAUCGGGAGCAAUCUACGAGGAUACGAUUAAACGUGUCCUCAAAGUUGGGCAUUCGUUGGUUGCAAAUGGAACAACUGCGGAUGUCGCGUGGAUUGUUACUGACUCGAUCCAACCUUCAUCCAUGUUCAAAGACCCACUUGCGGCCACAUCGGGCGAAGCCAGCGACGAUGUUGUCUUUGUACGAUCUAUUACACUUCGUGGAUUUGAUGCGUCGGAUGACUCCGUCGAUCGAGAACGGCUGCUGAAUAAUAUUCUUCGGGCAAAAGGGACACAAAUCGACGAUGCUGUGCCAGAAGUGUUGUUUCACUCUGGUUUGUUAGGACUUGCAUCGGAGAUUUAUCAUGAAGUCAAGAAGUACAUUGAUUGGGCAUCUCCAAACCACAAGAUCGUAUUAAAUGGACAUUCAAUAGGUGGUUCGCUGUCAGUGCUACUAUUAUUCCUAAUUACGAUGGACAAAGGAGUGGACUUCGCGAAGGACCGAAUAUUGCGUGUAUUUUCCUUUGGUAGUCCACCGAUUGCAAGAUUAUCGAAUCCCCAUGCACAGGGCAAUGACAACGCUUGCCCAAUAUUAGCUUCUUUUGACCUUCCAACAGACAUUGUUUACGGCUAUGUUCAACCUUACGACCCAAUCGUUCGGUUGUUUACACCCCACGACCCCCUGUACCCAUUGGUCGACGACUUGGGCCCAGAUGAGAUCACACUGUACUCUUCGGGUCCUGUGCGCAGUCUACGGCCCAUCGCUCGAGCCUUGUUCACAGCAUGGGAAGGCUGGCCAGAGUUUAGGGAAUCAUGGAAGGGGGCUAACCAGCAAUAUCACAGUGUCGGAGUCCAGCACAUAUUAAUGCCAGAACCACUGCGGUACCUGAACGAUCGAUUCUUUGCAACCAAUAUGGGGGUACCAGAUGUUGACGCAAUCGUCCAAAUAUCUUCUAAGGAGCUGUUGCCAGCUCUGAUCAAGAUCUUCCCAUUGGACGUCUUUCAAAUUAGUUUGGUCCCACAAGCCACAAGAAGUUUCCUUCAUCAUUUCUACCCUGCAUACGACUCUACCAUGGAAAACUAUGCCACGAAGGUGGAGAAAGAAAUGGAGGAAAAGUAG